CGGGUUAGAGGAACAUGGAAGUUGUUCGGAGUUAGUGCUGGCUCCGGAACGUGUCGUUUCCUCCUUCUCGGUGUGAGGUGACUGGUAGGAGACUCCCAGCAUGGAGCAGCCGGCGCCCAAGAGCAAGCUUAAAAAGCUGAGUGAAGACAGCUUGACUAAACAGCCAGAAGAGGUCUUUGAUGUUUUGGAAAAGCUUGGGGAAGGGUCUUAUGGCAGUGUGUUUAAAGCCAUCCAUAAGGAGUCCGGACAAGUUGUUGCUAUCAAACAAGUCCCCGUCGAAUCUGAUCUUCAAGAAAUUAUAAAGGAAAUUUCUAUAAUGCAGCAGUGUGACAGUCACUACGUAGUCAAGUAUUAUGGCAGCUACUUCAAGAACACAGAUCUUUGGAUAGUUAUGGAGUACUGCGGGGCUGGCUCGGUCUCUGAUAUCAUCCGCCUACGGAAUAAAACUUUAACAGAAGAUGAAAUUGCUACAAUACUGAAAUCCACGUUGAAGGGACUUGAAUAUUUACAUUUUAUGCGCAAAAUCCACAGAGAUAUAAAAGCUGGAAACAUUCUUCUUAACACUGAAGGUCAUGCAAAGCUGGCAGAUUUUGGAGUGGCUGGACAGCUUACUGACACAAUGGCAAAGCGGAAUACAGUAAUAGGUACUCCUUUCUGGAUGGCGCCUGAAGUAAUACAAGAAAUCGGAUAUAACUGUGUAGCAGACAUAUGGUCACUGGGCAUAACCUCGAUCGAAAUGGCAGAAGGGAAGCCUCCGUAUGCAGAUAUUCAUCCAAUGAGAGCAAUCUUCAUGAUUCCAACAAACCCACCUCCUACCUUCAGAAAGCCAGAGCUCUGGACUGACGAAUUCACGGAUUUUGUGAAGAAAUGUCUGGUGAAGAAUCCGGAGCAGAGAGCGACUGCCACCCAGCUCCUUCAGCACACAUUUAUUAAAAAUGCAAAACCCGUGUCCAUAUUGAGAGAUCUCAUCACAGAAGCAAUGGACAUCAAAGCAAAACGACAUGAAGAACAGCAAAGAGAACUGGAAGAGGAAGAUGAGAAUUCGGAAGAAGAUGAGCUUGACUCGCACACCAUGGUCAAGACCAGCUCUGAAAGUGCUGGCACCAUGAGGGCCGCCAGCACAAUGAGUGAAGGAGCACAAACCAUGAUUGAACAUAACAGCACCAUGCUGGAGUCUGACCUGGGGACUAUGGUUAUCAACAGCGAUGAAGAAGAGGAGGAGGAGGAGGAAGAUGGAACCAUGAAAAGAAAUGCAACGUCUCCACAAGUGCCACGGCCAUCCUUCAUGGAUUACUUUGACAAACAAGACUCCAAAAACAAACCUCACGAGAAUUGCAAUCAAAAUGUACAUGAACAAUUCCAUAUAUCUAAAAACGCAUUUCCCGACAACUGGAAGGUUCCUCCAGAUGGCGAUUUUGACUUUUUGAGGAAUCUGAGCUUUGAAGAACUGCAGAUGAGAUUGAAAGCUCUUGACCCCAUGAUGGAACGGGAGAUUGAAGAGCUCAGGCAGAGGUACACUGCAAAGAGACAACCCAUCCUUGAUGCGAUGGAUGCUAAGAAACGAAGGCAGCAGAACUUCUAAAGGGAGCUUUUCUGUCAUCGAGAGGGCUUUUCUUCCCAUGGGGACCCAUGGAGUCUAGGAACUCCUAAUGGAAAACUGUGGCUCCGACCACCAAAUAUCAUUGCUGGUUCUUUUUCAAAAUCAGAAAAUAAGUGAGAAAACUUUUAAUUUCUCCAGGCAUCUUUUACAAGUCCACAUGCAACCAGACCUGUGUGAUGAUGUGUUCCUUCUUUGUGAACUUCAAAGCUCUUUGGAAUGGGGGCACAAGUUUCAAUUUGUGGCCCUGUAUGUAACCUUUCCUUGUUUAACCACUUUUUUUGAAUGAUUAGACAAUGUUGGUCCUCCAACCUUUGUGUUCUUUACAAGUUGAGCCUCAGGUGCCCUCCUUGAAAACAAUUUGCAAGUAGUUAUACAACUCAAAAUUGUUGUCUAUAGAGAAGGCUUGUUACAUGGGUAAUUCCCUGUUUUACAUGCGUAUGGUUUAUUUAUGGGUUUAAAGAAAACAGAAUGUGGUUUUGCUGUACUGUCAUAUGAUAGGCACAUUAGUGCCUUGGUAAAUCUAAAUUUGCCUUAGAGUUACACGCACCUAUUUAUUCCUUAAUAUGUGACGCACAUUUUGAGACCAAACAGCAUUUUGUUACUGCUACACUUCUUGAAUCUAAAUUAAUGCUUGUCAUGUUUACCAAUGGUAAAUGUAGGCAUUCUUUUCACACUGUUGUUUUUUUUUUUGUUUUUUUUUAUUGUGCAUUUUUAUGUUUAGAAUCAUACGUCCUCUAUUAGUAAAGUUUGUAUGAAGAUUCUAACAAUUUUCACAAGCAUUCCACCCCGAUACCAGAGACUUGCCCUUUGCUACUUUGCGUGCUUUUACAUCCUUUUCAAGGCUGUUUUAGGUUUAGUAUUCAGUCAGCUGUUGGGUCAUUAGUACAAACGUUUUUGGGCUAUAAUUUGUAAAAUCGAGAUCCACAAAACCUUUUGCACAGUUUUAAGGCUUUAUUUCCCUGCUAAAGACAGUCUACAUCAGUAUUCCCUCUAAGCAUUUUGUGAGCGUUGCACCAACCCCACUUUGGACCCUUUUAAUAAAGGUUACUUUAUUAACUGCUUAUCAUGAUCACUAAGAAGUGUUUAGAGGGAAAGCUGAUUUGGUCUGCCGUGUUUUCCGUAAGAUAAGCAAAUCCUGAUCCCUUGAGGUCUACAUACAGAAAAAAACAAAAAGUUCUCUUGGUUUGUCGGAUACUCAAGCCAAGGUUUUAUUCUGGCCAAGAGAAUUUCUUACACAUCAUGUUUGAGAAUUGCAGUUUUCUAUAGCGACCUAAGGUAAUGACAAAAGCCAUAAAAGGGACAUGAGGCCAUCGCCCUUUCUCUAUCGGGCAAAAAAAAUUGAUUGCAGUGCGAUAUGGCUAUCAGAAUGUAUCCGUUUAUAUUUGGGGUUUUGUAAAUAUAUAAUGAUUCCAAACUAUCUAAGAACAAAGAGUUGCAGCUUCAGAUGGAUUGCCUCUGUGUACUGCCAUUAAUAUGAUGCAUCUUAAAUUUCUGCAGAGCCAGAUCCCAGUAAAGACAUUUUGCACUAGUCGUGUCGGGGCACUGCAAGUCAUAUUUAUUUAAUCACUAGCCUAAAGUCUACAGACUUUUUAUAUGUAGCAGUUCAGUUUUAUUUAAAACAAGUCUUUAAAGGGACACUUCCUGGUGGAUUUAAAACCGGUUAUAUGCUUUAUGGAGAGAAUACAUUUAAAAAAACAA